GAACUAUGCGCAUUGCACACCGAAUUUCCUGUUCCUUAGUGAAGUCUAGAAAUGUGACAGCCAUGCAUCGCCCUGAUAUACGAGGCAUUUCAAGCGCAUAUAAAAGGCGAAGACGCCCCAGCUGUACGAGAGGUGAUGUCGCCAUCAACGUAAUUUUACAGAGCAAAAUGCCGACCACUAUCGCUCAGACCAUCCAAUCUUACGCCCUUCGCUUGGUACAAGACACUCUGCGGCAGAUUGCAGCCCCUGUGAAACUGAUCUAUGUUGUUGAUGGAGUGAAGAGUGUCUUGUACAACGACCCAGCGAUACAGGAUGCCGAUAAAGCGGUGAUCUAUGUCACCCAUGUGAAUUUCUGGAGAAAAGUCCUCCUAGACUUCGAUCUGGGAUUUGCAGAAGCCUUCAUGCUUCAGGAAGUGGAAUGCGACCAACUAAGUAAAGUCUUCGACUUAUAUAUCAAAAACCGCGCGACCCUCGACUCCGGUGACUCACUGUUUCAUCUCGCUCAGCGAUUAGCCCAGUGGUGGAGACCAGCGAACAACAUCGACAAUGCGCGCAUCAACAUCGCAUCCCAUUAUGACACCUCAAAUGGAUUAUUUACCAACUUUCUCUCUGCAGAUAUGAACUAUUCCUGUGCGCACUGGUCCAACGAUACUGCGGAAUCCCUACAGACAGCACAGCGACGCAAGGUUCACUAUAUGAUCAGAAAGGCCCGCGUGCAACACGACCACCACUUAUUAGACGUCGGUUGCGGAUGGGGAGAUUUGAUUAUCGAAGCGGCGCAACUAACCGGCUGUCGAGCGACAGGUUUGACACUCUCAGAAGAGCAAAAGAAUUUGACGGAUGAGCGCAUCCGUGACGCGGGCCUGCAGGACCGCGUUCGUGUACUGUUGUGCGACUAUCGCAACGCCCCGCGGCCAGGCAACGGAUAUGAUUGCAUUAUCUCAAUCGGCAUGUUUGAACACGUCGGACCUGAGUAUAUGGAUCAAUAUUUCGAAGUGAUAUCUCAAUUACUAAAGUCUCAAAACGGCGUGAUGGUCAUUGACGGCAUAACUAAAAUACACCCAUUUCACGAGACCAAUCCUCGCGUGGGUGAUUACAUCAAUCGCUACGUCUUCCCAGGCGGAUACUUGCCCACACCAAGUAUACUCUUCGAGGCACUCCAUCGGGGCAGCAAAGGGACAUUGGAAGUGUCCUCUGUUCUCAACACCGGUCCUCACUACGGCAAAACCUUACUAGCUUGGAGGAACAACUUCAUUUCCAACUGGGAACAUAUCCGAUCUGAUUUUUCCCCCCGAUAUCCCGAUGCGUCGGAAAAGGAAAUCGAGACCUACCGGCGGCGCUGGCUAUACUACUUUGAGUAUUGCGAGGCUGGGUUCCGUAAUCGUAUCUUGGGAAAUUACACCAUUUGCGCGGUCCGCACCCCCGAGGUGACCAUUGACUACAAGAGCCUGGACAUUGAUGAUGCGCAGAGUAUCAAAUUAUAUGAAUGAAUCAUUGUUCUUAUUGGGGUCUGGGUCUUCAAAUACGUCUUGACUUCAUGAUGAGCUGCAGAACAAAGAUAAGUCAUGCUUUAUGUUCGGC